AUGAAGGCGGUCUGCUUGGUCUUCAUUGCCUUCGCUUUCGCUACCGCAGUUUCCGCGGAGUCUCCGUUGUACAAAGUAUGCAAAGCAUAUAUUGUGUUUCAGAGCCUGGAAAAAGAAGAAGGGACGUGUGGUCAAAAGUAUACCGAAGAAGACAAGAAGAGAUGUAUUGUAAGUGCCAUCAAAGCCGCAAAUGUUAAAACUUGUAGUGUGCGUUGUGAGAAAAAAGGUCACUUUGCACUGUGCGAUUUGUUGCUUUUUGCACCGUGAAAAUGAAUUCUUUAUGCUGCAGCUGAUCUUUUUUUCCACAGCGCAAUCCGUAAAAACCUUUCCGGCGACUUUCUGGACGGUCUAAUAUGUAAAAGCGCUAAAUACUGAAAUUUUCAGAUGUUUGAGGAAAUGGCAAAAACGCCACCUUCCCAGCCUGUCGCCUAUGUUGCGUUGCUUUCAGGACUUCUGUCAUGCAGGUAUCUAAAGUGUGAAUUAAAGGAGGAAUAUUGUGAAAGCAACAAGGCCACGUAUGAGAAGUUCGCACCCGGAGACGGUCAGUAA